AUGAACACUUCAACAGCUUCAACGACGAGGCUCGCUGACGAGAUUUCGAGUGUUCCGCUCAAUGAUCGUCUGAUCGCUUUUUGGAUUUACAUUGUGCUCGAGAUUUUACUCAUUUCUCUCAACACUCUUGUUUUUCUCACCAUUAAAUUGUGCAUUUCAAGUAAAAACUCGGCCGUUUUCCGCUUUCAUUGCCAUCAUUGUUUGGUAAAUUUGCUGCAGGGUUUCAUUCACAUCGUUCUCACACUUCCAAUCACAUUUACCGGCCGAAAUAUUUACACAGCUACAUCAUUCUAUUGGUUUUUCCGAGUCGCUGUCGCGUCUGAGUUGAUCAAUUUCAUGACCUCAAUGUUGCUUGUUUUGCUAUGCGCGGUGAAUGCUUUCUUUAUCUUUUUAUCCGGAAAGCUACACGAGAAGAUUUUUAGUGGAUAUUCACUGAAUCUUUUACUUGCAUUCACCUGGUUAAUUCCAUUGGCCGAAACGCUAAUCGAGACUUUUACCGAUUGCCAGAAAUCGUUUUCCUAUGAGCGAUUGGCAUUUGCGUACGAGUGUUUGCCAGAGCAAGAGCAUCAAUUCUUAUUUCAUAAUUUUGACUCAUAUCAACGCUUGGGAUAUCCAGCUUUGGCUUUACUAUUCAACAUUUUUCUUUAUUUUUACAUUCAAUGGGUUUUAUGGAAAAAUCGGAAGAGUCUCGGGUCGUCGAAGAAGGGACGUGGAGAGCUGUUUCUUGUUUUUCAGGGUCUUUUAAUCUGUUUAUUCACUGGCGGCAAUGCGGUGACGUUCAACUUCAUUGCCCCGAUUUUGUUGACUGGACCGGUAGUGCCAAUUGGCUUUCCCUUGUUGUUAAAUGUGGCUACAAUGAGUAGAGCAAUCGCCGAGCCAACUCUAACAAUUCUCUUCAACAAAUCGGUCACCCAAGGCGUGAAACGGUUAUUUCGUGGACAAAUUGGAACCGACGAGAAUCGUUUCAUUGUGGAGCCGACAAGGACAAAAAUGAUUGAGAGAUCGAAAGCCUCAAGUACUAAU